UAUUUGGAGUUUCUUACAUUCAGGUUUGGAGUGUAGCUGGCCCUUCCACCACUGAACGGUUUUGAAGUUUUGAAGCAGUCUUGAAUCUUGGGUGCAGUAUACAAACAUGAUACCAUUCUACUCGAGUAGCUAGUAGUCUACUUUCACGGUGCGACACAGGACAGCAUCCGAAUUGAAAGAGCCAGAGCCGAUGAGCCAGUUGUCAGCUCGUUGAGUUUGAGCGUUGAUCUCACAUCAUCGCCUCUCCCUUGUCCUCUCUCCUAUCAACUGGACCGCUCAUCAGUACUAGCAGUCCAUUAUCUAUCUUAUCCGUCUAGCUAACAUGAGCAUCAGCGAUGACUUUAGUAGUAUCGGGGGUGGAGGUAGCUUGGUGGAUUUGGAGGAGGUAUGGCGAAGUGACAAUGUCCGGUGGGAAGAACAAAUUGGUAGUUUGACGCUAUCUCAGGAUACCAUUACCUUUGUACCUGCAGCUGCCAUCACAACAGUUACUGAUGAAGAUAAUGAUAACGGAGUUAAAUCCUGGAGUUUGGGUAGCAUCAAGAGGUAUACCGUCAGUGCCGCAGCGAGUACAAUCAACCUAAGGGUACAAGGAGCGGGAGAGGACGAAGAGACGACUGUUUCCUUUGGCAUGGAAUCGCUUCCGAAGGUGGUUGAGCUCCGCAAAGCUCUAGUAUCUCGCUUAGUGCGUCUCCAAAGCAUGCAGAAACAACAACAAACAGCACCUAGUCAGACUGAUGUUGCAUCCGAGGAUAAGGCCAGUCAAGAGAAGGAUGAUGCGGCUACCACCGCUACUUCUACUGGGGGUAGCGAGAGCAGUGUGGAAGUUCUGUACGAUGCUUCUGUCACUCCACCGAACAACAACUCUCCACAAUCCAUUAUCAACUGUCGACCUUCCAUCCAAAUGAACGGCAGCACCAUGCUUUCCGCAAUCUCCAUCAACUCCAACACAUCCAUUCCAGAAGAAGAAGAAGAACGAUCUAUCCUGAACCAGCAGGAAGAGGAUAAGAAAACCCAGGAAGCCAAGUCAUCUACCCACUCAUCAUCUACUGGUCAGACCAGUGAAUCCAGCGGUGAUGAUGAUGAUGAGAAUGAGCAGCAAGCAAUCUACAAGAAACCAGGAACAAUCAGGGAACUAUCUCCACGAACUAGCAAGAAACGUAUCAGUACACGUCCUGCAAGUGCCAACAGAGGCAGCGUCAUGAACAGAGGCAGUGUCAUGCACGGCAGGCCAUCGGUUGCUGCCAGAUUUCAACAACGCCGAGCAGUAUUCGAUCAAGAAGCUACCUCGGGCGAACUCCAUGACGACGACAUGGUAGCACGAGAGGUAUUACAGAUGGCCCAUCCUAGCUCCCAACAGCAGCAGCAGCAACAACCGUCUUCAGACACCAACGACACUGCUGGCAUGACUAUAGAAGAGGAAAAGGAACGAACACGUAGCAACUUGCCAGUGAAGAAGAAGACGAAUGAGAGCACUGCAUCCGAAGAACUGGAACGGGACGACAUGAUAGCACGAGAGAUUCUGCAGAUUACUAGUACUCAUCAUCAGCAACAGGAGCUGUCGAACGAUACAACCGGCAUGACCAUGGAAGAGAUCAAGGAAAAGGAACGAACACGUAGCAACAUGCCUGCGGUGCCGGUUCCGGUACUGCAACAAGCCGACGCAGACAUGAAGCGAGCUGCUGUUGAUGGACUCAUUGCCGACAACAACAGCACCACCAGAACGGGCAGCAGCAGUAGUCUUUCCGAUGCACAGCCACAGCGAGGGCCCGGUGCCUACAAUCGAGCUCCUGGACAGUGUUCUUGUCGCAACAUACCCGUCAGUUUUCGCUGUGUCGGAACCACGGGAAAAGGAGACUAUCAAAAGUCUUCCGAACCGGAUUUGGAGGAUACCAUUGGGGAGGAAGAAUCCGGCAUGAAUGGAUCCAGUAACCACACUAAUGGCACCUCUCAAUACCGGCGCGUCAGCUCCGCUCAGAGACGAAGCAGUUUCUUCGACGCCAGUUCCGGGACGGUAGUCGAAGCAUGUCUCGUCGAAGACACUGCUCCCGUUCGAUUUUCCGAAGUCAUUCCUUCGUGCGUCGAAGUCAAGAACGAGGAGGAUGUCAUGGUGGUCGAUAAGAAAACUACUGCCAUUGUCGGUGGGGCCUGCUGUUUCUUCUUGGUGGCCAUCCUCGUCACCGUUAUCGUUCUGAUCGCUACAACGACGGCAUCAGGCAAUGGAAAUGGCAGCGCCACAACUGUGACGACUGGUGAAGCUCGAGUAUCCCUCGUGACGGAUCUUACAGUACCACUCGUGGCCGAUCCUACAGAAUGGGAUGAUCCUUUGAGUCCUGCCUCGCGUGCCCUUGAUUGGAUGAUUGGAGAGGAUCCACUCCGCGAAACAGCAACAUUGCAAGACCCGGACAAGAUUCGACAACGGUUUGUACUGGUCCUGUUUUACCAUCGCACCACGCAACAGCAAAGUGGCUGGAAAAGAUGCAAUCCACCAGAGACGGGAGAAGGCCGUGCGUGCCGACACGUCCUUUUGGAAUCAUAUAGUUUCCAAGGAGAAUACUUCGAUCAGCACAUGUCCGAACCCUCCUUUCGAUGGAUGACCGACACGGAUGAAUGUCGAUGGGCGGGUGUUCGGUGUUCCGAUGGGGUUCAUGUGUCGCACCUGCAACUCGGCGACUACGGUCUGACAGGAUCCCUGCCGAUCGAAUUGAGCCAUUUGUAUCAAUUGGAGGAGUUGGAUCUGCAACAGAAUAGUCUGGAAGGAACGCUGCCGGCAGAAUACAAGUUUGGCGCCACUGCAGACUUCCUAUCCAAACUAAAGGUCUUGCGACUGGACCGAAACAAGUUUUCCGGAGAGAUUCCAGAAGAAUGGUGCCAUCCAGGAGAGGCAACGGCAGCAACCACAGAAUUUGCCGUCGAGACUUGGAGUCUUGCGUCAAAUCAGCUUGUGGGUACGCUUCCAUCUUGUUUGGGAAAUCUGCAACAACUCAAGGACUUUAACGCGGCACACAAUAGGUUGACCGGAACAAUACCCCCCGUGGGUGCCUCCAAACUGGAACAGUUGCACCUGACUUUCAAUUCCUUGAGCGGCAGCAUCCCCGAUUUCUUUUGUGACGGUACGGCAACGUCGCCACCAUUGGGCGAGCUCUCCGUCGAUUGCCUUGACGGCGCCAACAUUGUUUUUGUGGAAUGUCCAUGCUGUACCAAGUGCUGUGAUCCGCAGGAGAAUGUGUGUGAGGUCUACUCCAAUGAUGAACCAUAG